UGGUAUUCCAAGCAGAACAUACACCUUGAAUUUGGACAAAAGAAUCUGUGAUUGUGGGAUGUGGCAGCUGUCUGGGAUUCCCUGCCAACAUGCAAUCUGCUCAAUAUUGCACAUGAACUUCCCUACCAUUGAUAAGUUUGUAGAUGACAGGUUGCAAAUUUCAGCAUAUAUGAGAACAUAUGCUGAAAUUAUUCAUCCUAUUCCAGACAAGAGAACCUGGCCAGAGGAAUGUGAAGAUAAGCUGCAGCCACCUGUUAGGCAUGGCAAAGCUGGCAGGCCCAGAAAGGCUAGGAGGAAAGACCCCACUGAAGAGAGAAAGAGAAAACCUGUGUCUACACUUAGGUGUAGUCACUGCCAUGAAUUGGGGCACAACAAAAGGUCCUGCCAAUACAAUCCAAACAAUGCAGGAAGACCCAAAAAAAAGAGAAGAACAAUCCCAACCAUGGAAAGCCAGUCAGCUAAAAGUCAGUUUGGUUCAUCUUCUUCCUCACAGCAUCCAGAGUCACAGAUACAAUGAAACUGGGGAUUUCCCUUAUGUAAAUUUUUUGGAUAAUUGCUCAAUUGCUCAGUUAUAAAUUUUUUGGAUAAUUUUUUGGUUCAUCUUCUUCCUCACAGCAUGUAAAUUUUUUCUAUAGCUCAGUGAAAUGUUCUCUGCAUGUAAAUUCUUUGGAUAGCUCAGUGAAAUGUUCACUGUAAGUAUUCUGUGUUAAUUUAUAAAUUAGUGCAUAUGAGGAGUAUUCUGUGUGUGUGUUGACAGUGUUGAGAGUGUUAAUUUAUGAAUUAGUGCUUA